UUUAGAACAUAGAAUCACUAAAAACAAAAUAAAAUCGAAAAAAUAGAGUGGAGGAGGAGACUUCAACGCCUCCGUCGACAACCGGAGAUCAUUCGACGGGGCGUUUAAGCCGCUGCAUUUUCGAUUCUUCAUUAAUUCUUCGACUUGAGAACUCUUUUCUGUCAAAAGAAAAGUGAAAUAGGUAACGCUAGAGGGAUUUUUUAUUUGCGGAUAUGGAGAAGUUAAUGAACAAGAUUCCAAAUUUGGAUGCGUAUCCGAAGGUCAACGAAGAUUUCUACAACAGAACUCUCUCCGGUGGCGUGAUAACCCUCGCUUCCUCCAUUAUUAUGCUCUUGCUCUUCAUUUCCGAGCUCAUUUGAUAUUACCUUUCCAGCACUUCCGUGUUCCAUUGUCAGUGUUGAUGCUAUGGACAUAAGUGGAGAGCAACACCUUGAUGUUAGACAUGACAUUAUCAAGAAAAGGAUAGAUUCUCAUGGUAAUGUAAUUGAAACAAGGCAGGAUGGUAUUGGUGGCCCAAAGUUUCACCCACUCUUUUGUUCACAUCCAAAAUUUGAGAGCGUAAUCAGCACAAAUAAAAUGUAGUAUGGAAUCCAACUCCUGUGACCCAUUGGGCUGAACAACCAUUCCCAAAUCAAGAUUUGCAAGUAAAACGAAAGAGUGGGAGACACUCAAAUUGUGUAACCUGUGGAAUCAGUGAAUCAUGUCACAAAUGACUUCCACUCCUUGGAGUAAACAUAACAUUGGUGCUUGAUUGAAAGACCCUUGCAAAGACAUGGUGGCAGGCUUGAGCACAAGGAGACAUAUUGUGGUUCAUGUUAUGUUGCUGAAUCAUCAGAUGACCACUAUUGCAACUCUUAUGAAGAUGUCCGUGAAGCCUAUAGAAAAAAGGGAUGGGCAGUGUCAAAUCCUGAUUUAAUGGACCAGUGCAAAAGAGAAGGGUUCCUUCAAAGAAUCAAAUAAGAAGACAGUGAAGGGUGUAGUUUAUAUGGGUUCUUGGAAGUUAACAAAGUGGCUGGAAAUUUUCAUUUUGCACCUGGAAAGAGUUUCCAACAGUCAAAUGUGCAUGUUCAUGAUCUACUUGCCUUCCAAAAGGAUAGCUUCAAUAUAAGCCACAAGAUCAAUAGAUUAGCUUUUGGAGACUAUUUUCCGGGGGCCAUGAACCCUCUUGAUGGCGUGAGAUGGACGCAGGAAACCCCUAAUGGAAUGUAUCAAUAUUUUCUCAAGGUAGUACCUACCGUAUACACUGAUGUGAAUGGGUACACCAUACAGUCAAAUCAGUUCUCUGUAACUGAACACUUCAAGGGAUCAGGAGUUGGCCAACUUCAGACUCUUCCUGGAGUUUUCUUCUUUUAUGACCUUUCACUGAUCAAGGUGACUUUCACUGAGCAACAUGUUUCAUUCUUGCAUUUUCUGACAAGUGUUUGUGCAAUAGUUGGAGGGUUGUUCACUGUGUCGGGAAUAAUUGAUUCAUUCAUAUAUCAUGGUCAAAAGGCGAUUAAGAAGAAGAUGGAACUUGGUAAAUUCAGCUGAUGGGCUGUUUGGUAUCCUCCACUGUCCACAUUUUAUGACCAACAUAAAUAGAGCAAACAGAAAACCGUAGCUUCAAGCCUUCUUGCAUAUUGCGGCCUUACGCUUUCAAAUACCCAGAUAACAGCCUAUUUGACAUGCUGACUCGGCGAAUUUUGGCUGAGCAGUACGCAAAAUGUAGAAACAUUUGGGAAAUACCCACGCCCAUGCCAAACUCUAACCGCCACGACAUCAACUUUCAGCAAGUAGUGGGUUCCUUUCAGAAAGAAAUAAUGAUGAGUAUAUGUACAAUUGUACAUGAUAGUAUAUAGACUCGGAUCUCCGGGUCUCAUGACUAUCGGGCUUGGACAGCGGCCCACACACGCUUAGCGGUUAUUAUCAUUCAUAUUAUUGUACAUUUCAAUAUGUAUUUGUAUCUAUCUACUAGAUUAACCUUUUUAUGUAAAUGGGUCUAUCGGGCCCAUAUUAGCGGCCCGACCCAUUGUUUCUCUAUUUAUACUCCUCUUGGAGCUUCUUGUAACCUUAGUUCAUAAUUCAUUCACUAUAUAUUCAUCUUCUCCAUUUGAGCUCAAUCUCUCC